CGGAUGGAGGCAGAGAGCGGUCGUGGUUAGCCCGGUGUUGUUGUGCUGCACCGCGGUGGACCUCAGUGUGCAGCCAUCCGUGGAUACUCGGUGUUGUUCGCGCACAGAGAAAAACAUGUCGUGGAAACGAGUCACGGCUGGGGAGUCCCCGAUGAGCCGACACGCAACAGACUUCCAGGGGCCGCUGCAGGAGCAGGAGCCGGCUCCCUCCCCGCCGCUGCCCGCCGAUCAUGUGCUCAGCUCCGGAGCGGUGUUAUUCCCGGGUGCUUUUGAUCAACAUGGCUGCCCUUUGGUCCUGUUCCCAGUGGAUGGGCAGGAGAAACUGUCCUCAGAGCUCAGCAAAGCUGAAGUGAUGGACUUCAUAAAUUACUUUCAGUAUCAGCACAGUAAGAAGCAGGAAAAGCAGAGUCUGGUGUCGGUCGUCGCUGACCUGCGGGACGCGUCGCUCUCUACCAUCAGUUUCAUCGCUGAGACUCUGCUUCUGCUUCAGCUGCAGAAGCGGACGGUCCACACUGCGUACAUCCUUCAGCCCAGAAAAAAGGAUGUUGACAAGCAGCUGCUGAAACUGUUGGCUCCAUCAAAGGAUUGUGUCUCUUUCAAGAGAGUCCUCCUGAAGGAAAUCCCAGAGCUGCAGAACUACAUUGACCGCAGCCAGCUACCGUGGUCGCUGGGUGGAUAUCUGCUGUACCGUCAUCAGAGCUGGGUUGCCUUCAUUAAGGAGAUUGAUGUGUUUGCCCAGGAGUUUGUGUCUGUGGUCCAGCGGCUGCCUGCGUGCAUCUCCACACUGCAGGCUCUGUCCAGGCUGCCACUGCCCUCCACCUUCAGUGAGCUCCAGCAGUUCUGCUCCACCACUGAUGCCAAGUAUCAGCAGCUCAGGAGGGAGCUGGGGCUGGAGGAGCUACUGAGGAACUGUGAGAGCUUGGUGGAGAAGCUGCGUUGCCCUGACAGUGAGCCGUGCUUCCAGGACAUGGCUGGCACUGCCCUCUUCACCCAAACUGCCUUUGAGAUGCUCCAGAACCACAGCAGGAUAACUGCUGCUGUGGCCAAAGUGGAGCUGCUGUGGCAGCAGCUCUUUUCUAAGGCUCGUUUACAGCUGCAUGUGUGUCAGUUGCGUGAUAAUGCACUGCAGAUCACUGAGGAGAUUGAAGCACUUCAAGAGAAGAUCCAGCCUUACAAAGUAGAGAUAGUCAAGGACGCUACAAAAGCUGCGAUGCUGGUGUCUGAGUUCGAAGCCUCCGUUCACGCUCCUGCUAUGGCCCUUGUUCGCUGGGCUGAAGAUGUGAUCCAGACUUCAGCAGAGAUCCUGCCCUUGGACAGUCGGCGCACAGAGUGCUGGGCUGCGGAUCUGGAGAGGCUGAAGGACAAACUCGACUCUGCCGUGAACUUCAUUCUGCAAACCCUUCGAGCAGUUUCCAGCUACCAUCGCUCCUACAGCAAGGCCAGCUGCUGGUACAGUUUGGUCCUCUGUCAGAACUUCCUCCAGGAGCUCCUAUCAGGUGUUCAUGGAGAUGCUCCCUCAAUCCGGCUGCAGCAGAAGAGCUGGGAGACGAUCCCCGUGUGGAGAUACAGGCUGUCCACAUUUCUGAAGAAGAAUCCCCCCCCUGAGAGGGAGGAGCUGCUCUAUCUGGCUCAUCUGGCCAAUGCUAUCCCAGAUGAUGAGAUCCAGCAGGCAGGGAGGCGGAUGUCUCAGAGGUGCCUGAUCCUGAGAGAACUGCUACUUUCUUCAGGCCCGGUGGCUGUCAGACUCCUCCAGCUGGCCCUUCAGUGGCAGUACGAGUUAUUGAGGAGCAACCAAGCGACUCAGCCAGCUGCAGCUUAUGCAUCGAUGUCUGUCCAACACAGCCCUUCAGACUCAAACUUCACUAAAUGUGAAGGUGGUAAAGAAGCUGCCCAUUUCUUUGGAACAUCUUCCUUGACCACAGUUUCAGGGGUGGUGGCAGCUGAAUGCAGGCCCCCCUCCUUCAGCUCAUUUGACUCUGGUUUUGAUGGAGCUGCAAACAGUCCGCUGGAGGCCUUGGGAGGGAGGGAAAGAUUAGCUGGAACCACAGACUUUGAGAAACCUGUCUUGAGCCCACCUCAGAUCCAUGAGAUUAUCCCCGGAGUUUCAGACUGUGGGGAUCAGAGAGAGGAGCCUGACUCGGGCUCUUUGGGACACUCUUCUAAAGCGGAUUCGCUCCAUGUUGAGAUCAAAGUAAAGCGCUCGGCUGCCCUCUCCAGUAACCCCUGGCUUAGCUUGCCAGUAGAUUUGGAAAACUCGUACACUGUCAGCAAUGCGCAGAAUUCUUGUACUGCUUCUUCAGAUGCACAUCUCACUGCUAACCAGACCAGCAGGUCUCGAGCUCAGCCUGCACAGAGCUACCCAGAACCCGAAGGACCGCAGAGCGGGGAGUGGACGCUGCAUUCACAGAGCGGUGUGGAACAUCCCGAAUUAAGUCCCAUCUGCAACAUUCUCUCCAGCACUGUCAUUGAAGGAGGAGACAAAUCCAUCUCUUCCACAGAGGAGAUUCCCACUCUCCUCUGGGAUUCUUAUGACCUCCAUGACCAAAAUCCAGAGGAUGGCAGGGAGGCUGAGCUCUCUGUGAAGGACUGGGAUCUGAGGGAACAGGAGGGUCUGAGGGAGGUGGAGAAGAUCCUGGACAAGGCCAAUGAAAUACUGGAGGAGGAAGAAAAUGUUCUGGCUCAGGAAGCUGUACUGGAUGCACUGCUGAGGACGGAGGAUGGGCAGGAUGUCUGGCGACUGUGUGAUAGUGAGGACCAGUUUGGUGCGGCGUUGUCAUGUGAGCUGACUGAAGCUGGUGUUCUUGGUUUUGAGGACUUCCUUGACUCUGCAGAAUCUGACGGUCUUGGUGAGCUCACAUCAGCUGAAUCUGCACGUGAAACUAAAUCCACCAGGGAUGAGCUCUACAGCAAAGCUGCAAUAGUAUCUGAAGUAUCUAACAGCAGGCCAGACCUGCUGACAGAGCUGAGAAAAGUUCACAUACUGGACAAGCUAAUCAUGGAAGAGAACCUGAAGAUCCACGAGCUUCGAUGCAACAAAGAAAGCCCCAACACAGAGUUCCCAGAGAGCAAACCUGUGGAUGCAAACGUGCCAUUGAGUGUGAGCAAAGAGAGGGAGGCUUUAUGGUUGCAGCUGGCAAGGGAGAAACGGGAGGUAGAGAAACUGGGGAAGAGUUUAGAAGAAGGGUGUAAAGGGAAAAGGGGCAAGGACCAUGCUGAAGAGGAUGUAGAAUGUUCUGUGACUGGAAAACCAAGAACAGAGACUGAGGAUCGAGCACUCUGUGACUUCUUUCCAAAUGGUUCUGGAACAUCAGAAAGCAGGCUUUCCACGGAUGAGUCUUUGAAUACACGCACGACUAAAACUAUUCAAGCGGUUUCAGAUCUUAAGGAACCCUCUGAAGAGGCCGGGAUCCAAUCACAUCAAUAUAUCUAUGGGAAAGAAUUGGACAGAUCUGGAGAAAACGCUUUUUUAUGCAGUCCAGAAGCCUCUUUACCCCCUGAAAUAAGGCUGGAUGAUGGCGCCUGUGACCCAGGUAGAAAAUCACUCCUUCCUCCUGUAUCCGAGCCAAGAAUGUCUUCACUUCCUGGGAAUGAAGGCCCGGCUGAACUCGAAACUCCUCAUUCUGCAGAGGUGCUGAAAUCAGCUCUGUCCUUAAUAGAGCAAGAUGGACAUUUUGUGCAGCUUGAUCUAAAAGAUAAAGUACUCGAAGAGCUGCCAGAGAGUGCAUCUCCAGACUCCAGCCACAGCUUGGUUCCCAAUCCAAAUGUAAUGGAACACGGUGGCAAUAACCACGCACUCCCAGAGAACAGUCGGGCAUCAUUACAGCUCUUGUCUAAAAUACUCACUAAAACAGAAGAGGGACCCGCGUGUUCACUGCAACUAGAUUUACAGCCAGCAGAGGAAAUCCACAAUCCAGCAAAUGAGCGACUACUUCAACAGUCUGCAUCCCAACUGACUCCUGAUCAGCCUGUGGAGUUUGACCCGGGUGGAAGAGAUGAACCAAAGGAAGAGCUGCCUGAUGGGGUUCAGAGGACAUCAUACUCUGGGUCACCUGGAAGCCAGACCCAGUUUCACAGCCACCUGAAAGAGGUUGCUGAUUUCAAGAGCCCCAUUGUACUGGAUACAGGCUCUGGUUUGAUGAAAGCAGGAUUUGCAGACCAGCACCUACCAAACGUUAUUUUCCCCACAAUAAUCGGGGUGCCAAAGUAUGAGGAAAUAUUGAAUGGCAGCCUUGAAAGAGAAGCCUACAUUGGCCAUGAUGCACAACACAUGAGAGGGGUUCUGACUCUGAAGCACCCCAUGAAGAACGGGAUCAUUCACAACUGGGAUGAAAUGGAAAAGAUCUGGCAUCACACAUUCCAGCAGCUGCGUGUGGAACCAGAGGAUCACCCGGUUCUUCUGACUGAAGCAGCCAUGAACCCUCUGAAGAACCGGGAGCACAUGGUUGAGAUCAUGUUUGAGUGUUUCAACGUGCCUUUUACUUAUGUAGCCAUGCAGGCAGUGCUGGCACUCUAUGCAGCAGGAAGAACCACUGGUGUGGUGUUUGACUCUGGAAAUGGAGUGAGCCACAGUGUGCCUGUGUUUGAGGGAUACUCUCUACCUCAUGCUGUGCAGCGCUUUCCUCUGGCUGGAUUAGAUGUUACAAUGCAUCUUAAAAAGCUUCUGCAGGAGCAGGGAGUGUGCAUGCGUACCACGGCAGAGGAGGAGAUAGUGAGGGAGAUGAAGGAGAAGUGCUGCUGUGUGGCUCUCAACUAUGAAGAUGAGCUCAGUCAGGGGGGGUCAUCCUGCAGAGAGAUGCAUUACACCAUGCCAGAUGGGCAGAUUGUUACCCUCAGCACAGAGAGGUUCAGGGCACCGGAGAUUCUGUUCAAACCUGAGCUGAUUGGACGGGACCAUUAUGGGAUGCACGAGAGCAUCUUCAAGUCAGUCCUGAGUGCAGACAUUGACCUGAGGCGCUGCCUCCUGGGAAACAUUGUGCUGUCAGGUGGGAAUACUCUGCUGCCCGGCCUUCCUGAGCGACUGCAGGCUGAAAUCAAAGGCCUGCUGCCCACAGACAUGGAGGGGGGAGUUCGCGUCACCAGCCCCAAAGACAGAGACUUCUCAGUGUGGAGCGGGGGAGCAGUGCUGGCCAGUUUGCCCACCUUCACCACUGCAUGGAUCAGUCAGGAAGAGUACGAGGAGUACGGACCGCAGAUUGUCUUCAGGAAGUGUUUCUGAGACCGACUGUUAGAGCGCUGCUAUGGUGCCACGGACUGCCGAGCCAGCAGGACUGUUUGAGUCGUGUUUCCUGAUCUUCACACCAAACGCUCCUAUACAGACCCAACCAUGGGGUGAAAAGGAAGUUCAAAUCAUUCCAUCCUUAUUCCGGUUGUUGCUGUUGUCACUGAACCCUCUGAGUGUGUGUUGGGCUGAGGCUGUUUUUGUGUCCCAGCAGCUUCAGCCUGACUAUAUCAAUGUUUUGUGGUUUAGGGGCCAGAACUGAAGCUGGCCUUUAAUGUCUGUCUGUUUCCAGAAUAAGCAGCUGAGGAGCAUGAAGAAAUCUCAGUGUGCCAAUUUUAAAUUAUUGAUUUAUCUAAUAUUAUCAAAUAUUUAUUUAAAAAUUUUUUUAAAUCAAAUUUUAUUACUUUGUGCUAAAUAUGGUGAAACCUGCUCAGUCCAGCUGUGACAUUAACCUGUUUUAAUGCUAUCAGCGUUGAUGAGUGUUAAAGCCUCUGCAGACAUUUUUUUUUCCUCAAUAAGGGAUUUCAUAAGCAGUUUCAAACAUUUUAAUAGGACUCAGACUGUUGCAACAGUCCUAUAUCCUCUACAUAAUCUUUUUUUCCUGUUAGACUCCCUGGAAAAAAGCUUUUAACGUUCAAACAGCUGCAGCAUUCAUGAGUGUUUCAUUCAGAGUGGGGAGGGGAACAGUGGGAUGUGGCAUCGCUGUGAAGUUUAUAUCUGAGUGUAGUGCCUUUCCAGUGUUUUGUGAGACCGUUGCUUUGUACAUGCCUACUUGUGUAACAGUGAUUCUCCUGAAUGUGUAACAGUGAUGCCAAACUGCUUCAUUCCCAUGAAUUCUGAAACAGUCCAUGCUAUUAGACUUGGUUGACACAGAUUUAUUCACUGCAUGAAAUUUAGUUGUAUGUAUUUGAAUUUCUCGUGUGUGUGUGUGUGUGUGUGUUUGCGUGCCUUUGCAUGUGUUUCUUUGAAUUUUUGCCAAGUGCCUGUCUAAAAGCAUGGGGGUUUGUCCUGUGGCUAAAGCUGUGUGACUGUAGGAACUGCGGCGUCUGACAAGUCUGAAGAGAGCAGGCUCUUGGAUUGAGUCCAGCAGUUUCUCACCUAAACUCUGCCAUUUGUCAUGUAAUUUUUCUAAAUAAAUAUGAUAA